GGUGCAAGGCUCUUUUUUAACCGGGUACAAACCAGACACUCAGUCCGUCUUUACGGGGACAAUUCCUCACGUUUGAGACUAUACGGUUCUUUAUUUCCGCGUGAUUUUUAAUAAAUAAAAAAAGGUUUGAAAAAGCAAAGCAAACAUGAGCGACAAGGGGACAGGCUCACCUAAGGAGAAGGAGGCUACAGAGAAGAGGGGGCGUGGAAGACCCCGUAAGCAGCCCCAGGUAAAAACCUCUGACGAACCAAGUGGGUCCCCGACUCCAAAGAGGCCCAGAGGACGACCAAAGGGCAGCAAAAACAAGACCGCCAGCAAGGGCAAAAAGGCGUCGGCAGCCCCGUCCGCAGUGGGGAAACGCAGGGGAAGACCUAAGAAGGAGGAGAGGGAAGAAAAAGCAUCCCAGGAAUCAUCUGAGGAGGAAGAGGAAGAGGACCAGUAAUUCACAACGCAUGCUACCUCACUCAACAUACUGACUUACUGUUAACCAGAACUGGGCUGUAUCUCCAACACCAGUGCCACCACAUGACCACUGUUCACGACAAAGCCCCCUUUGUGAAAAAGGAGGGUUAAACACAGUACAUAUAUCAUGCAACAGCACUGGAUAGACUGAUGGACCUUGCUCAAGCAUAGAUCUAAGAAUUACAAGACAGGUAACAGCCCUUUUCUCUACAUGUCAUGUAAUCACAAGUCUUUUAUACUGGACAAAGGUGUGCUCUAAGUAGCCUGGAUAUUUCCAUUUUUCCCCAUAAAGAUGGUUUGUAGGACGUUCUCCUCUGCUUAAUGUUACUUAUUUGUUGUACCCGCAUCUGAGAUGGUAGGGCCUAUAGAUUUUUUUACUGGACAAAGGUUGAAUUUUACCUAUACUUGGUUUCUUUUUUGUCUUUUGUGUGUUCAUGUGAAGUGGUUAACUUUUGCAUCAUGUCAUUGAUGGAGUUGAGCUUCAGCAUUUAGGAUGGAAAUCCACGGUAACUGAUGGUGUUCGUAUGUCUAAUCUGCAUGAAGGCGUUCACCGCGUCACACCAGUAGAGCAGAAUUGUCUUUACCACCCUCUUCCUGUAGGACAAGUAAGAUUUAGUUAUGCUCCUCAAAACAUCCUUCUCAGUCCUUUUGUGUAGUGGGGAAAUGUUCAAGUGUAUCAUUAGUCAUCAGUAUUGUUGGAUCAGACUUUACUGUGUUCUUCUGGGUUACAUACCAUUUAAAAGAAACAAAUGGUCUCCCAUUUGUGUGCUGCUUCAUUUUAUAAUAAAACUCAUAUCUCUUUUGGUAUAGUGUGUGUUUUUAGAGAUAGGGUUGGCAGAGUUCUAGGCUGAGAGCAUCGGUGUUUUCUUCAGGGAGCUUUUACAAAUGCUGUUACAUUAGUGUCUUUGUCUUCUCAUGGUCCCCAGUUUCCAGUCACUCAUAAAGGCAAACUGCGACAGGUCAAACACAGAGUUUGAUUGUAAUGCCGGACAGUCGGUGGCACUGCUGUCCCAACAGGGCUGUGCGUUUUUCAUUCCAUCUCGCUCUCACUACUUCACCUCGUUUGGUCCCUCUGUCAUUUAUUAGUGCGGUAAUAUGCUUCUUAGUCUUUCUCAAACAUGUGUGUUGUGUGUCUGCUACAGUGUAUUUCUAAGUGUCAGGGAACCCACGGUCACAGUCCACUUAACUGGGUUUUUCCACACACCUAAAGCUGCUACAACCUCAGUUACAAAAACCCGGAAAACUGCAAACAGGCGAGACAAGGCCUAGGAUUUCAUACCUCACUCAACAGCUUACUUUACCAUAUAAUUGCAUUUAACUGGUUUUCUCUUGUAAAGUGUAACCUCUGGCAUGAGAUGGAAAGAUGUUGUAAUUACAAGUGUGUUUGUGUGUGUGUGCGCAACUUCCUGACUGUAAUAACUUGGAUGUCAAGUUUGUGAUAGUGUGCACCUGCAAAUGCGUCUUGGCUCGUGCAGACAGUUUAUUUGUUUUUCUAUUUUUUUUUUUUGUUUAAUGUGUGAAGCAAGUCAGGGAGACCUGUCAGCUUGACAACUGUGUUCGCUGACUGUGGUAGAUUAGCAGGUGUUUUUAUCUUUUUUUUAAAAAAAAAUUAUUCUGGUGCACUGAAAUGUUGGUUCUCAUUUUACACGGACAAAUGUUUGAGACUGGGCGCUCUUUCCAAUUAACUGUUAUGUUGGACAUUGUGUGUUUGGCUCUUCCACACACACACACACAGCCACCUUCACCAUACUCGUGCAACAGUCACUUUUUUUUUUUCUCCUCCGACUACUCUUGACAAUAUCGGUGUCAUUCUACAUCCGCACAUCAUGCAUCUGUUCAUUUAUAUACUGUCAACUCAAUAGGAUGGGAUCACAUAAAUGUACAAUGUCUAUAUUUCUAUGGUGCCCAACAACAAUUUGUAUCUGAAAUGGUCAAUAAAGAGAAUUUUCUUUGUCA